UUUGAAUUCGAUCAGCUUAUGUCUAGCCAUCACAACACAUUCAUUCAGCCUUUUGCCUUUUGCACUUCCUACCUUUUUUUUCUAGCUGGACUAGGCUUUUUUCUUCCGUUCAUCCACUCCUUGAUUCACUGGUUGUUGCACGACCAAUUACUGCGCAUUUCACGAUGUCUCUCCGCAAUUCUUUGGUGGCAGCUUCUGCCUUUUUGGCUUCAGUCAAUGCCCACAUGAUUAUGAAAUCUCCCGUCCCUUACAGUGCGGAUAAGGUCGACAGCGCUCCUAUUACUGCUGCACAGUUCCCUUGCAAAUCUAACUUGGGAUUCACUGUCUCUACUAUGAACAAUAUGGCUGUUGGCGAAAAGCAGACGCUCAGUUUUACAGGCACUGCUGUCCAUGGCGGUGGAUCUUGUCAGUUGUCUGUAACUACCGACACUGAGCCAAACGCCAAUUCGAAGUUCAAAGUCAUCAAGUCUAUCGAAGGUGGUUGCCCUGGUGUCAAUGAACAAGUAAACACAUACGACUUUGAACUCCCGGAUUCCAUUCCCAAUGGCAAAGCUACAUUUGCAUGGACUUGGUUUGCAAAGUUGAGCGGCGGCCCAGAGAUGUACAUGAAUUGUGCCCCUAUUGAAGUUACUGGCGGCGCCAGUGACACUUCGAAGUUUGAUGAGCUACCGGACAUGCUCGUCGCCAAUCUUGGCCAAGCAACCACUUGCAAGAGUCCCGAGAACAAGGCCCUUAAGUUCCCCAACCCUGGAUCCAACCUCCAAAAUGGUGGAACCAACGACAUUCUCGACCCCACUGGUGAAUGCGGCACAUCAGGAACCACACCUCCUCAAGAGGGUAACCCAUCGUCUGCUCCUGCUGCACAGCCCUCAUCUCCAGCAACUCCCGAAAUCCCAAUCCCUACUGGCUCUGCACCUGCGAUCGCCCCUACUGCUGUAUAUCCUACUGGCGACGUCUCUACGGUUUUGCCUACCACCAACCCAGGUGGAAUCUUCGCUCCUAGUGCGUCCAGCGCUGCACCACUUACCUCGACCCAGACGACACUCGUCACCGUCACUGCUAAGCCAUCAGUUCCUGGAGCUGGCCCAACUCAGCCAUCGAUAUCUACUCCAGCCGGCACUGGCAACACUCCUACGCCCACCGGGCCAUCCGCACCUGGCGGUGGCUCGGGCACCUGCAGCGAAGAGGGUUCAAUUGUCUGCAAUGGGCCUGAUCAAUUCGGGCUUUGCAACCACGGCCAAGUCGUAUGGCAGCAGGUAGCAGCCGGAACCACUUGCUCCAACGGAUCUAUCACAAAGCGAGGCUACUAUGGCCGCAUCGCACGCCCUCGUUGGGUGGUUGUUGAUUCCACCGAUAACUAAGUCGUCUGGUAAAACAGACAACUAGUUUACAUUCAUUUGAUAACAACCUGUACAUUCUGGAAUCUGUCGCAACCCGGCAGUUGUUGAUCAUCUGAGCACUUUACCUUCUGAUUUAUAGGUCUGAGACCGGCUUGGUGUAUAUUUUCAACCAUUUCUUUUAUUAUAUAUUUUCAUUUGCUCACGCUCAAAGUUCUCUUUGCAUAUCAGGCGUUCUGGAGGAAUAUCAGGUGUGCACGGGGCAUUCUAUAUAGAGCUCAUAUACCACAGUUUCAAUUCAAACAUGUUUAACC